AUGGAGAAUGAGGAGGAGCCGGAGAUCACAGCUCCUGAGAAGAUCACCGAGGACAAGGCAAAGAAGAUGUUUCUCAAGGAUUGGUACCAGCGUGCGCUGGACAAGUACUACGGAAGGAUGGAUCAUCUGGAGAACAACAUCAGUGUUCUUUUCAACCAGGUGAUGCAACACAUGACCUCCAUACUGAGGAACAAGGUCAAGGCCAGCAAGGGUCACGGUGAGGCUUCUAGCCAGAGUGAUUUGCUGUGGCUGCUGAACACCAUUGGCAAUAUCAUGUCUGGAUAUUAUGUGGGAGUGACCCCCAAAGACAUGGCACUGGACUCUUCUCUCAAGAAGAUCCUAACCAGGAAGCAGAAGGCCACUGAAACUAAUGAGGCCUAUGCGAAAUGGAUGCUCAAGGCCAUCAAGACCUUUGAACGCCGUGGAGGUGCUUUUCUGUGGACUCCGUCCAACGAGAAGGAGUUGGUUGCUGAAGUUGCAGCAGAAAAGAAGGUUUUCAACGAUGCUGCGAAGGCUGCAGGCUCAUCGUCCAUGACAGUGGAUGAGGAGUCAGCGGUGCGCUGUUCGAAGAAGAAUGCCCUCAAGCAGCAUGGAAUUGCCAUGUCCAUUCUGAAGAGAGCCAAUCCCAAACGGUCUCGGGGAGCUCAAACAAGACCUGGCCAACAGGUACCUGACCGAGAUAAACGGUCUGAAUUUGGAGAUGAAGAAGGCAAGACGUUUCUUGUUAAGCGAGCACUUUACGGGCUAAAAUCAUCAGCCUUGGCAUUUCGUUUAAAUUUCGCAAAGACAUUGGAAGAAUUGGGCUUUUAUUUGUCUUAUGCUGAUCCAGAUGUAUGUUUAGGAUACCAUUGGAUGAUGAACCAACACACAUUUUGUGUGAUAAUGAAAGCGUGGUAA